AUGCAGAACCCGACGACAUGGACCCCGAUUCCAGGCGUGCCCUACGCGGCCUCCCGAAAUAGACUCUCGCCGUCCGAAAAAAACUGCGCGAUCGAUGCCUCUCGUCUCGCUGCGAUCACCCGACAAUACGACAUCGGAGACCAGUUCGACUACUUCACUCGAACCGUCAGCUUUCAGCGCAACCACAGCCUCGAACGAAAAAGCAUGACCAUAGUUUCACAACAAUUUCUAAGCCCCAACACGAUUACAUUCGAUGCCACCAAGCAAAAUGAUGGAGCCAUUGUCGGCGGUGACUGCUUCGAGCCCCUGCAAGUCGAAGUCACUGCUUCUGGCCUCCCUUCGACAGUCGACGCUUCGGAUUUGAUAUUUGGCAUAUCAACUACAUUUGAACGACUAAACGAAUCACGCUCUGAAAUAAUCGGCGACUGGGAAUACUGGCUCACCAAUGGCCACGGUGUAAGCAACGGCGCCAAGCUGUUCGUUACACUCUUCGAGGCUACCGACAUUGAGCUCCGUCUCGCUCGUAAGCUGCUUCAUGGUACUGGUAUAGACGCCACCGUCGACCGCUCUGAUGAUAGAGAUAUGCCAGUUCGCUACAUCAACCUCGUUCCGUACCUAUACCGACAGGAGGCUUCUCGACACAGAAAGUGGAUAGUGUUAUGUGAUGACGACACUUUCUUUCCAAGUAUGCACGGCCUUGUUCAAAGGCUCAGAUCCUUUGAUCAUUCCAAGCAGCUUUACAUUGGCGCACUUUCCGAAGAUGUUGGAGCUAUCGAGCGCCACGGUUCACAAGCAUUCGGUGGAGCUGGCGUUUUCUUGUCAUCGACAAUGGCGAAAACCAUUGCAGAGUCCAUUAGCGGUUGUACAUCGGCGGAGAAGGUUGAUGAAGCAGGAUGGCAAGGCGACAAACUUCUGCGCAACUGUAUCUACGAAAACAGUGAAACACGGCUUGUUGCAUUGCCCGAUCUCUGGCAGCUUGAUUUCAGGGGCGAUCCAGCAGGAUUUUACGAAUGGGGACACAAACCGCUCUCGCUACACCAUUAUCGAGGUGACGGCUGGCAUACGGCUCGUCCUGCACAAUUUAGCAAAAUUGCGCAUGUCUGUGGCGAGGACUGUAUCUUGCAACGGUUCCAGACCGCCGAUAAUUUCAUCAUUUCCGGCCACUCCAUUGCUUACUACCCUAGAGGUAUUACGUUCGAAACGAGUCAGGUUGAGCAGACUUUUGAGGCAUUGUGGGACAAGGACGGCUGGAAUUUCGAUUUCGUGUUUGGCCCUCAGAGGCCGCCACUAAAGAGUAGUGGACGAAAGAUUUCAUGGGAGAUCCAAGGUUCCGAGGUUCGAUCUGACGGCUCAGUUUGGCAAACCUACCUACGAAGAAAGGACCAUCUCCGCUGGAACAGUGUAGGAGACCGGAGGCUGGGGGACCUUGAUAGUGUAAUUGAGUUAAUCUGGGUGCCUUGGGAUACGACCACUUAA